CGUACCGUUACUCUUCUACUAGGGACGCUCCUGUUUUCUGUUUGCACGCAGGAGCUCCUCCAAAACUAUGCAGCGUUCACUUGUUACCCGACAUUACGGUAGACUUUACGGCAGCAACUCUUCCUGCUUUGUAUGAAUUGUUGCACAUGCACAACGACUCCUUUCCGUUCACAGCCACUCUGGUAGAAAGACUUGGGGAAACAAAUCAGGAAAACAUGUCUGCACUCAACAGAAAGAUCGUCAACACUACAUCAGCCCCGGCUGCCAUCGGUCCAUACAGCCAGUCGGUGGUUGUGGACAGAACAAUGUACAUCUCGGGUCAGCUGGGAAUGGACGUGGCCUCUGGUCAGCUGGUAGAUGGAGGGGUGCAGGCCCAGGCAAAACAGGCUCUCGUCAAUAUGGGGGAGAUUCUUAAAGCUGCUGGCUGUGACUACACUAAUGUGGUGAAGACAACUGUGCUGCUCGCCGAUAUCAACGACUUUAACAGCGUCAAUGAGGUCUACAAAACAUUUUUCAGCAGUAACUUCCCUGCCAGAGCUGCCUACCAAGUCGCUGCUCUCCCCAGAGGUGGUCUGGUGGAAAUUGAGGCGGUUGCUGUUCUCGGUCCUCUCUCAGAUUGCUGACUAGACAGCCACAUCCCAAACAAGCUGUAGUCUAAUCAUCAAGUGACCUUUUAUAGUGGAGGAAUAGUGGGAGCCUUAGAGUAUUUCCAGAUGACACAUGAAAGACCAAACUAGGAUCUUGUUGACUUUCUUUUUCCAUAUUUUAAGGUUUUAGCAUACAUUUGUUUCUCCUCUGGCCACUGUAGCUGGUUGACUACACUUCUGAAUUACUUUCAGUAUUCUACCACUUUAGAUUAAAACCCUGAACAAUAGAGCAGCACUUAAUUAACCAUCAUAGAACAAAAUGUAAUGAUAAAGUGGGUGAGUGCACAACCCAUUCCUGGUCACAGUGGCCAGAUUCAGCUUCGUCUUGGUGCUGUUUAUAGUUUGGUAUCUCAUCUUCUGUUCGGUUACAGAGAAAUACUUUAACAUAUUUUAAAAGCUCAGCUCUCACUAAUAAAAACACAUGUAGCACCAUC